AUGUCGAACCCUUUCCGCCAGUCGAAGUCGAGCUCGAAGCCGCACCAGUCUCGCUCGAACAAGCACUCGACCAGACACUCAGCCUCUAAAUGUUCAACCCCCAGAAGCGGCGAUGCCUACUACGAUCCUAGCCUGCAGGACCCUACAUACGGCUACGGCAACAGCCACGAUCAGACCGGCGAGUACUACGACGAACAAUACGCAUUCGGCCAGCAACAGUACGAUCAGCCAGGAUACGUCGAUCCACAGGCAGACUAUCGACACUCGCAGCACCUAAGCGCGCCUGUUGCAAACGGCCAUGACCGCAGACACAGACACAAGCACGAUGUCUACUGCGAUCCCAAGAACCAGCUUCCACAGAACGCAGACUACUAUGAACCCAACGUACAAUUCCGCUCUUCCACCCCCGGCUCUGUCAACCUGGACGUCAAUAUCCCACCAGGCGGCGGUCCCGGAGAUGGCACCCGCGGUCUAGGUGGUGCAAUGGCCGGCGGCGCGGCUGGAUAUUAUCUUGGACAUAAGAAAAGACACGGGCUGCUGGGGGCAGUGGGGGGUGCGAUCCUGGGCCAUUUUAUACAGGAGAAGAAGAAAAAUGGACGCGGGAUUCCUGGACUGCCCACUUCGGCGCCGGAUGGAGCAGAAGAGUACUAUGAUGAACCGGAGCAGUAUGGCCCUGAGCGGUCGACUGGGCGUCGGACCAGGCAUCACCGUCGCCAUGGUGGCCGGUAG